UAUAACUCUAAGUAAUUUUGUAAUCAGUGACGUGCAUGAGGAAAAGUAUAUGUGUUCGUUUGAUAUCAACGCGUUUUUAUUUUGUCUUGUAAAGUAAAUAUAUAUAUAUAUAUACCUUCACAUAAAAUGGUUGGGAAAAAAAAAGUAAAAAAUGGAUUCAAAGUUGAAGAUAUCGAAGAUGUAAACAUGGAUGAAAUCUCAGAUUCUGAAGAUCAGUAUUCAGAAGAAGAUCAAGAUUUGCUUAGAAAAGUAAGAAUAAAAGAAGCACCAGAAAAUUUUGAUAGCGAUGAUGAGGUAUAUGGAUUGCAAGAUGAUGAAGAAAACGAAAAUGAUGAAAUGGAUAAUGAACAAGCCGAUUCUAUGGAAUCUGAUAUCGAGGGAUUGGAAGAUGAUUUCAACAUACCUGAUGAGAGAGCAUGGGGCAAAAAGAAAAGAACAUACUACUCUACAGAUUAUGUAGAUCCUGAUUAUGCUUCUGCUAGUCAAAAAGAUCUAGUUAAUGCGGAAAUAGAAGAACAAGAAGCUAGAAGCAUUCAAAAGAGAUUAGCUGAACAAUUAGAUGAUGCUGAUUUUGGUUUAGAUUUUAUACAAGUAAAAGAUGAUGACGAAAAAGCUCACCAUGAUAAAGAGGAGACUGUAAAAACAGAUCUUACCAAACUUAGUAAAAGACAGAGACAGAUAUUAGUUCAAAAGGAAAGUCCAGAAUUUCUGGCUCUUGUUAAUGAUUUUAAAGAAUGCAUGAAUGAAGCGAAAAAUAUACUUGCACCUUUCUUGGAACUUGUUAAACAAGGCAUAUGUCCUGAUUGUCCUGCAGUUGCUUUUGUUAAAACAAAAUAUCAAAUAGUAUUAAAUUAUUGCGUUAAUAUUUCUUUUUAUUUAAUGCUAAAAGCCAAAAGAUUACCUGUCAGUUCGCACCCUGUUAUAAAACGUUUGGCUCAAUAUCGUCAACUUCUUAGCCAAUUACAAGCAGGAGAAGGAAAUUUAUUAGAGAAAAUUCAAGAGAUAUUAAAAAUUGAAAAAAAUGGUGGAUCUCUUUAUAAUGUUUCAGAAGAAUCUGUGACUUGCUUUAAUAAAAAGAAAACAAUUGUUACUGAAGACACGAAAAAACAACAACGACAAAUUAGUGAAACAAGCGAAGAUAAAGAAUCUGACAAUAUUACAGAUGAUGAAUUAUAUGAAGAAAAUAAUUUAUCUGAAAAGGAUGAUGAAGAAAAAUUGAAUGUUGAAACAGAUAAUCAAGAAAACAAGAUAUCAGAACAAAUGGAAGAUGUAGAAGAAAAAAGAGCAAUUACAUAUCAAAUAGCAAAGAAUAAAGGUCUUACACCACAUCGUAAGAAAGAGCAACGAAAUCCAAGAGUUAAGCAUAGAAAUAAAUAUCGUAAAGCAAAAAUACGUAGGAAAGGAGCAGUUAGAGAAGUCAGGAAAGAAUUAACUCGUUACAGUGGAGAAAUAUCAGGAAUUAAAGCAAGCGUGAAAAAGAGUAUUAAAUUGAAAUAGUAAAUACAUAAUAAGUACAUGCUUUAAUUAAUAAUAUAAUUGAAUUAAUGAAAUCUAUUAUUGUAUAUAACGUUACAAUAUAAUUCUAUCAUAUUCAUUAUCAGACUUAUUACAUUGAAUUAGGAUAAUGUUCAUGUGACUUUAUGAGAAACAAAUAAACAGUUUAAUUUUAUUUGUUAUAUGUACGAAAAAAAUGAGACUUAUCUUAACAAUUGUUUUACAAAGAAAAUGUAAAUAUUAACAAUCUUUUCUUUCACG